UCACUUCAUUCGACGUCAGGAGGUUAAACCGUAUUCAAACGAAACCCGAACCCCGGUUCCUGGGUUACCCACUUGCAUCAACCCGGACACUUGAACCCAGCCCAACAAACGCUGUUGAUAUUCUAGCGAGUUCUACGACACCGCAGUGAAACCGGAUGCGACGGCACGGCAGCAGUCACCGGGAAAGAGACUUCCGCUGAGGAGAAGCCCGCCCGGCGGAGCCGAGUCAUUUCACGCGACAUUGAUUCCAAAGCGUCCUCAUGUAGCAGUUCAGUGUCCUGGCUGCCAAGCGGUUGGUCAUGAAGAAACGAGCCAAGAGGCGGCAGGAGGAAGACGAGACCUUGUGCUGCUGUGAGUACGUCAACAGACACGGAGAGCGCAGCCAUGUAGCAGCCUGCUGCUGUGACUGUGAGGACCUGGAUGAUGCUUUUGACAGGCUUCUGAAGAAGGAGCCCCAGAAACCUGAAUCUCUUUCGAAGGUGGCAGAGGUCGUCACAGACAGGAUUCGAGUGCCAUGGCUGUGGGGUGGAGCCCGGAAACUGGACCUGUCUGUUGUUCCUCCUCUUAUCCUCCUUCCAGUCCUGCUGCAUCUCGCUGCUCUCCACUUCCUGCUCGGCAUCGUGAGCCUGAUCGCUCUGCCCGGCUUGGUGUUGUGGUACUACUACUUCACCCACCGCAAGAAGGGACAGACUCUCUUCUUCCUCAGCCUGGCUCUCUUCUCCCUGGCCUACAUGUACUACUUGUUCCUCACUGAGGUGUUUCCCCGCGGCGAUAUUGGUCCCGUCCAGGUGUUGGGGGUCACUGUCGGGGUCAUCCUCACCCUAGUAGCUCUCAUCCACAGUAAGAGAGGACCUGGCACUGUGCUGCCGAACCAAGAGGCCGUCCACAGCACAGUAACAUAUUACAGCCCUCUGGCAGACAGGGACCCUGCCGUCAAUGGGGGGAGGCACGAUGUGACAAUGACGGUAAACAACCGGUCUGGCUCAGUGGAGCAGUCGGGAAUAGAGCUGAAGGACAGUAGGAACUGGUGUCCUGUGUGCAGGGUGGUGCGACCCCCGAGGGCGGGACAUUGUCGGAUCUGUGGUGUCUGCGUGCUGCGCCUCGACCACCACUGUGUCUGGAUAAACAGCUGUGUGGGUCAGGCCAACCAUCGCAGCUUCCUGCUGACGCUCGUUUGCUUCCUCUCGACGUCUCUGUAUGGGAUCAGCCUGGUGCUGCGGAGCGUUUGUCCCACACAACACCUGCUUACUGCUCUGCUGUAUUGCCCCGAGGUCUACAACCAGUACAGCUCUGCACUUUGCUUCACCUGUGCCUGGUACUGCAGCAUCGUGACUGGCGGUCUGCUUCACCUGCUGCUGGUGCAGGUCAUCAAUGUCAGCUACAACGUGACGGAGCGCGAGGCGCGCGUGGCUUUGCGAGAGAAGACCGCUCGGAGAGCCCUGUGGGGACUCGUCGUGGACACUGGCGUCUACUCACGAGGUUUCUGCGGCAACUGGGCCGAGUUCAUGACCAUGGGAGACAGAGUGAACUCUCCCUCUCCUCUCCAAACAGACCUGGUUGCCUUGGUUGGAGUCGUCAACAAAGAAGAAAAACUGUGACAGUGAGUGAUCUGUUGAUCCUCACGGGGACAUUUUCUCAAGAGCCCGGCAGCAUAAUGAUGCUUCUGGAAAUGGUCAGUGAUUCAGAGCAUCAUUUCCUGGAUGAUCUCCCUGCAAUGAACUGACUUGGCCUUCUGAAAUGUAUCAUGCAUAUUUAUGGAUAACUUAAAUAUUCAGCAAAUGUCUGCAUUAAGCGUAAUGACUGGUGGUAUGGUUAUGGAUGCAUUAGAAGUUACUUCUAUUUAAUGAUCUGGUGCAGACUCCUGACUUAAACACUUCCAACUGUUCUUUUUUGUCCAUUAUUUGCAUCCUCAUACUGACACCACUCUCUAUGAAAAUAUACUGGUUUAUUUUUUAUUAAAUCUAUGUGAAAAAUGUGUUUUUUCAUGUUGUGUUUGUGUGAGGGAAUGUCACAGCUACUGCAAUGAGUCUGUGUCCUCUGUGGGAGUUUGCAGUUAAUCUCCGGCAGCGUCACUCUCUCUUCGCGGCGUUACGGCAGAUAGGAGCAGAAAUCCGGCAGGACCUCGGACACUUUCCGCCCCAGCUUCUUUCGCCGCUCCUCCUUCUUUCUCUCCUCGCGCAGCACACACGGAAGCUGCCUCCAGGACAGGAAACAUCGCCACAACACCCGUCUGAAUCGCACGCAGAUGGAGGGACAGAUGGGAACAGAGCAAGUGAGCAAUGAGAAACUGAAUUAUAGGGACCUCUGAGUUGACAAUACCUAAUGAGAUUUCACAUGAUGCUACUAGGAGCCCAUUCACAGUGGCAGCUGGGCAGCCAUCCGAAACUCACCUGCAGGCCAUUUAGCCGACUUCAGAACGCUAGAUAAAGUUCACAAACACUUACAUGUUGAAGCAAAGCAAUCAUUAACUCUGGCUUCCAUUAAGAAGCAGGGAGGACUGCACAGGUUAUAGUAUAAUAUUGUUCAACACAAUGGAACACAAAUGUGGUUGCUCAUGUUCUCAAGAGCCAGAGUUAUACUGUGUGUACUGUGUAUUGAACUAAAAAGAUGAACUUGGCAAACUUUUA